AUGGAAGGUCCGGUGCAAAUUGAUGUACCUGAAUCUCGUUCCAAUAUUGAGCAAGAAAAUAAACCAAGGUUAUCAUGGGAUGUAAUCAUAGAAAAAAGUUUAUCAAAUUUUGGGUGGAUGGAUUUCUUACAAGCUGUUCUUGUAGCAAUAGCAAUGUUCUUUGAUGCACAACAAUCAUUCGGACACCACUUGUGUACCAUUGGGAUACCAAUGUAUCCCAAUGGUACACAAGUGGUGUCCCAAUCAUUCAUAAGCAUUUACACUGAUAAUUACCCAAAAUGGCACUGCACAAACACAAACACAAAUUCAUCAUGUUCUUCAUCCUCUGAUAUUUGCAAACUCCCAAGAUCCUCUUGGUCUUGGGACACACACUCUUCAAACACAAUCAUUUCUUAUUGGAAUCUUGAAUGUGCUAGCACAUUCGUCAUAGGUUUACCACAAUCUUCUUUCUUCACAGGCUGUCUUCUUGGUUCUUCCUUUCUUGCAGCAUUAGCUGACUCGUCUUUCGGUCGGAAAAAAGUCCUAAUAUUUUCUUGUGUCUCAAUGUCAAUAACUUCCAUGCUUAUAAUCUUAUCCACCAAUGUUUGGAUUUACUCUGCCUUGAAAUUCUUGAUUGGUUUCUGGCGAUCCUCGAUCGGUACAUGUGUUCUUGUUUUGCUUACCGAGAAAGUUAGCGCCAAAUGGCGAUUCCGAGUUGGAAUUGUUGAGUAUUUUACUUUCACAAUGGGGUACAUGUCUUUACCCGGUUUCGCUUAUAUUAACCGAAACUCUUCAUGGAAAUCUCUUUACCUUUGGUCAUCAAUCCCUGCUAUAUUCUACUCCUUCAUUGCUUAUUUCUUCGUUACCGAGUCGCCAAGGUGGCUUGUUAUGCAAGGUCGAGAGAAAGAAAUUCUGAAAAUGCUCAAUAAAGUUUCAUCAGAAGAAAGUGUUGAUGAUGAUAACAUUAACCUAGCUUCAAGUUUACCAAAACCGCCCGCAAAAGAAAAAAUUUCAAUUUUUAAACAUUACUCUUCAAUAGGAAAAUUGUUUCAUAAAAAAUGGGCUCUUAUAAGAAUGAUAGCUGUUAUGAUUCUUAGUAUUGGAAUUGGAAUGGUUUAUUAUGGUAUGCCACUAGCUGUUGGAAAUUUAGGGUUCAACAUUUAUUUGGCUGUAGUUUUUAGUGCUUCAAUGGAAAUACCUUCUUGCGUAGCAAUAUACUUCUUGGAAAACUAUAGAAGAAAACUUUCAAUUCUUGUUUUCUCAAUCUUAAGUGGAAUUUGUUGUGUGAUGUGUGUUGUCGUUGAAAAUAAUGUACCAGCAAUCAAAGUGGUGUUAGCUAUGAUUGCAUUUUUUGGUGCUAGUACGGCUUAUAACGUGUUUCUCAUAUACAUUAUAGAGUUGUUUCCAACAUGUGUGAGAAACACAACAACGUCGUUGGUGAGACAAGCAACAGUUUUUGGUUGCAUAUUUUGUCCCUUUUUGAUAUCUGCAGGGAGGAAAAAUAAUAUAUUUUCUUAUGGUAUGUUUGGAGUUGUUAUAAUGUUAUCCAAUUUAAUUUUCUUCUAUUUGCCUGAGACUAAAGGGAUUGUUCUUUGUGAUACAAUGGAUCAACAAGAGAAGAAAGAAUUAGCUAUAUAUGAUGCCAUGAAUCAACAAGAGUGAAGAAGAAAUAAAUAUGUGUAAGAGGGUAUUGAUUUUCAUCCAAAUCAACUUGUUCAAGAGUGUAGGUUUAUAGCUUUUGUUUUUCUUUUUAAACUUGCAAGUGCUAAAUUAAUGUUUCUUUUUCUUGUUGAUGAUGAUAAAAGUAAGACACAUAAGUUCCGGUAUCUAGGGUUAAUAGUUUUACUAGAAAU